CAAAAUUGUGUAAAUGGGAGCUCUGGCUCUUCCCCUCGCCCUCCUGCUGCUGUGCGCGUUUCAGGUCUGCUCCGCAUCUGAAGGCAAAUGCUGUGCCAACCGUGUGGCGCCAUGGAACUUCAGCUUAGACUUUGUUCCGCACAUACUGCAUGCCCUGGAUCAGUACCGGCCAUGCAGCAGCCAGCCAAGCGAUCCAGACUGUGAAUGCCAUGCGCUGACCAUCCGAAGGGACUUGGGGCCAUAUGCGGAAGCUGGAAUAACGCGCUCUAUGAUGGCACAGUCACGACGUUUGGGGGUUGUGUACCAAGUUAUUGAUGGACGUAUCUAUCGCCAGCCGGAGGUCCCGCAUCCGAAGCGCUGUGCCGAUGUCGAGGACAUGCUGCUGGGCAUCGCCGGAGAGCUGCCGAACGUAGAGUUUAUCCUGAAUGUACGCGACUGGCCGCAGGUGCCAUUUUUGUCGGGUUUCACGGGACCCGUCUUCUCGCACUCGGUCUCCCAUCAGCAUCUGGAUAUUAUGUGUCCCGCCUGGUCCUUCUCGAGUGUCUCGGGUCCGCCAUUGCAGAGAUUUCCCCAUGGCAUUGGUCAGUGGGGCCACAUGCGCCGGCACAUGGCAGCGGCGGCAGCACAAGUUUCCUGGGAGCACAAGCAGCCCAUCGGUUUCUUUCGCGGCACGCGUUCGUCCACCGAACGCGAUACUCUUGUGCGGUUGUCAAGGCGAUCCCCCGACCUGGUCGAUGCCCAAUACACGUCAAAUGUGGGCGCUGAAACAGUCGACGAGGUGCCGUUCUCCGGCCACUGCCAAUACAAAUAUUUGUUCAACUUUGGCGGCAUCACCGCCAGCUUUCGGCUGCGCCACAUUUUGCUCUGCAAAUCGCUUGUUCUCCAUGUGGGCGACCAGUGGCAGGAGUUUUUCUAUUCCUCGCUAAAGCCAUGGGUGCACUACGUCCCCGCGCCCAGUAAUGCCACAGUGGAGAGCUUGGAGCAGCUGCUUGUGUACCUGCGCCUGCACGACGACCUGGCAGAGGAAAUAGCCGAGCGGGGAUUUCAGUUUGUGUGGCAACAUUUGCGCCUGCAGGAUGUCCAGUGCUAUUGGCGAAACCUGCUGCAGGAAUAUGCCAAGUUGCUGAAAUGUCGAGUGGAGCAGGAGCCGGAGUUCAUCGAAGUGCGAAAGCAGACGAAAGCUCUGCAAAAAUUUGAAUUUCCCGGUCUGUGCCAGUGUGACCCUCUCUUGUCUGGUCAAUUGUUACGUCACGAGCAAACAGCUGUUCCUUGAGAUUGCCUCG